UCACAGGCCGUGCGGAUAAAUCGGACGAGCCAGGUGAUUUUCAGAUUGGCCUUCGGUAAAAGAAAAGGAGGAAACAUGCUGAUGCGCGGAACUCUGGAGCUGACACUGAGAAAUGAGGACCUGAAAGACCUGAAGAAGACCUGAGGACCUGCAGAGCUCAGGGGGGACCGGAGGACCUGAAGCUGCUCACACACAUGAGGGCGCAGAGGAGACACGGUGUCUCUGCCGUUUUUUGAUGCUGUCAGCCUCUCGUCUCCUGGCAGAAGAAAGUUCUUCAGCGCACUUGGUUUCCCCAUUCCAAAGCAAGCAACAACGGGACGAAUUUAUAAAAAUCGCCACAUUCUGCCAUGGACUCUGCUGUCACCUGGACUCCUCCCUCAAUUAAGAGCCAUCGAUAGAUUAACAACAGCGAUUUAAGCAGAUAGCCUGAACUUCACAUCGGGCAUCCCCGCCGCAAGAGAGUUCACCUGGAGAUUACUUGGCGAAAGAAGCACUGGGUCGGAUUGCCUUGCCUCUUCAUUUUAUUUGUUUAUUUUAUUGUUUUUUUUUUUUUUUUUUUUUUUUUUUUUUUUCCUGCCCACACAAGUGACUGGAUGCUCGGCUCGUGUUGCUUGUAAGGAUUAUUUCGAUUUCACCGAAUCGCCGCUCUGCCGCGCGUCCGACUCCGAGAGAUGGAUCAUUCGCAAUAUUUCCUCGCCCUGUACGUGCUCGUUUUAUGCCUGGGUCUGAGGAUAGAGGAAGGCAUGUGCCAACACUACUACCUCCUCCGCCCCAUCCCCAGCGACAGCUUACCCAUCGUGGAGCUUAAAGAAGAUCCGGACCCCGUCUUUGACCCCAAAGAGAAGGAUCUAAACGAAACGGAGCUGAGAAGCAUACUGGGCACCAACUUCGACUCGAAUUUUAUGUCCGUGACGCCCCCGGAGGACAAGUACACGGGCAACGAGGACCUGAGUGACUCGGAGCUCCGGCAGAAGCCGCCGAUGGCGAUGCCGCGAGAAAUCAAGUCCAUGGAGUUCGACAUCCAGUACGGCAAGAAGCACAAGCCCAGCAAGAAGCUGCGCAGGCGGCUGCAGCUGUGGCUCUGGUCCUACGCCUUCUGCCCCGUGGUCUACACGUGGAACGACCUGGGCAACCGCUUCUGGCCGCGCUACGUCAAGGUGGGCAGCUGCUACAGUAAGCGCUCCUGCUCCGUCCCGGAGGGGAUGGUGUGCAAACCUGCCAAGUCGGCGCACUUCACCAUACUCCGGUGGAGGUGUCUGCAGCGGAAGGGGGCCUGGAAGUGCACCUGGAUACAGAUGCAGUACCCCAUCAUCUCCGAGUGCAAGUGCUCCUGCGCGAACUGACACGAUAAAUCAGAGGCGACAUGGUUAUUUUUCGUAUGCACUGCCGAGUGUAGGAAUGUAUAUUUUAUGUAUAUGUGGUGCCAUAAAAAUAUAAACUUGUAAAAACGGUCAGUAUUAUGCAUAA